AUGCAGAUCGAUUUGGCGGAGUCUGCGCGUGAGUGGGCUCCUCCGGGUAUCGGCGAGUGCUUUCGUCAACUCCGGGCCGUGUUGGUGGCACGAUGGACCUUAGAAUCGACCUCGUCAAGGCGACGGUUCAUUCGUUCGAAUUCUAGGGCCGCUCAUCAGCCAAAUAGUGCAGGACGGGUUGUGGUCCCGUUGGUUGUCGCGGCAGCGGGAUCCAACGGUUCCUCGUCGUCUUCUUGUGCCAAGGCGUCGACUUGUUCUAGGGUCUUUCUCCUCUGUGCUCGCAUAGCCUCGAAACCUUCGGCUAGUAGUUUCACGAAAUUCUCCAUGAGCUUGCGGAGUUUGUCGCUCGAGGAGGAUUUCUUCGAGCUGCGGUGCUUGUCGUUCGACGAAGGUUUCCUUGAGCGACGCGGCACGGAGGGGGGAGGGCUUUCGUCCUUCCUUGAGCGACGCGGCGCGGAUGGGGGAGGGCUUUCUGAUAUACCUCUAUUUUACCUACUUUUUAUGCUAUUUUACUAUGGUUUUCUAAUGGUUUUCUAG